AUGGAUUCAACUCGAAGGACACUUGUCACCCCUUUGUUAUAUCUCAGACUUCCAAUAUUUUUAACAGAGAUUGCUGUUACAGUUGUAUCCACAUUUCAUGCAUUUAGUAAGUCCCUUUUUUUUAAUUUUGCUAAAAAAAUACACAUUUUCAGGCUCAGCUGAUGAAGUAUCAUCCUGUAACCUAACAGUAUUCCGAAUCACAAUUGUUCUAGAAUGGUUCUUAAUUCUAACCGCAGCAAUUGGAAUAAUCAUCGUUUUUCAUUUACGAGAAAGUGAUGUUGAAGACAACACUCUAAUUGCACAAAGAAGUUGGUCAAGAAGAAUGAGAAUAUUCAAAAUCGGGCAAAAUGAAUCAAUGAGAGCUGCGUUGGAUGAAGUUGCACUUCUAAUCUCCUCGUUUUUUGUGGAUUCAGAUCUGGUUUUUAGUGAUGUUUUGGCUGGAUUGUUGUUGGCUUAUCAUUCUCCAAAUAAUCAAUAUCCGCCAGUGAAAGAGAAGGAAUAUGGUGAUUUUUUGAAGGGGGUAACUGGAUUUUAUGGCUUGACAAAUGGUGGCCUAAUUUUGAUAGGAUUUUUCAUUUUCAAUUAUCUAAAAACCAAAUUUUCAAUUUGAACUCUUCCAAAAUCUCCAAAUAAAAAUAUUUUUCAGCUUCUUCUCGACCCGAUUGGAUGAACAUUGAAGAAGCUGAAUAUUAUCUUCAUCAUGCUUCUUGUGUCUACGGUUGGCCAACUUAUCUCCUCUAUAAUUUUCGACCAAAAUCAAUCUGGAAUUUGUACAAACAAUUGCAAUGUUGUGGAAGUAUGCGAUGUGAAGAGGUAUUUUUUGUGUUUUUUUCUUUCUUUUUGGUUUUGAGGAACAAGAGCGGUUCAGAAUUUAUGGGUUGAGCUGAUUUUGGUUUUUGGGAUAAAGUUAUGACGUGGGUUUUCUAAAAGACCUAAAGUUUAAGGUUUUUCUGAAAGUCCAGAAAAAACCUAUCUGACAAUUUACCAACGAAAAUUCAAAAAUGUUUUGCCACGUCAUACCUUUUUUCCUCUUCUCAGAAAAUCAAUUCAAGCUAUUCUGUACCCAAAUUUUGAAUAAUCUCAAAAACCCUUGUCUUGCUUUGCUUUUGCUUGUGUUUUCUAAAAGUUUCCCGCUUUUUCCCUGUAUAACUUUUGCUAGUUUAUUUUUUUCUGACAAAAAUUCCUUGUCUUUUUUUCAUUCAGACAGUGAAUUGGGAGGAAAUUGAGAUGAGAGAAGAGAGGCGGAAUAUAAAUAGGAGGAAAGAGAAGGUUGAAGAAUAUGAAAUUGACAAAAAUGCUGGAAUAUUAUUGUAUAAGGUAUUAUCACUUGUCUUAAUUAAUUAACAAUGUUUUAAUUGCACGGGGUUCUCUUAUGCACUAUUUUUUUUAAAUCAAACAAAUAUUGAUUUGGUGGUGUUGAUUAUAUAAUUAAGUAAUUCCAGGGAAAAUCGAUGGUUGUUGAGGAUAAUUGUUGUUAUUGUAAUACUGCGGCGGUGGUUUUGGCGAAUCAGGAUAGAAAUUGUGAUCUGGUUUAUAUGUCGUUUCGAAAUCGCGUUUAUGAGGUGAGAUUUUUUGGUGGGAAAUUAGAUCUAUGACGUGGUUCAGAUUUUUGAGGGGAAAAAGUGGCGAGACCCCUAAUGUACCCUCUUCAAAUAUAUUUCUGUAGGUACCAUUCGCCGUCAUUGUGGAUCACGAUAAGAAGUCAAUAAUCGUCACAAUUCGCGGCUCUUGUUCACUCAUCGAUCUUGUCACUGAUCUUUGCUUAGCUGAUGAAAUAAUGACAGUCGAUGUUGAUCAAGAUGCAACACUUCGAGAAGAUUCGGAAUUGGAUAAGCGUGGAGAUGUAAGAGUACAUCGAGGAAUGUUGAGAAGUGCUAGAUUUAUUUUUGAAACAUUGGAGUGAGUUUUGGUUGGAAGAUGAUAAACAUCAAAAUGUCAAAAAUCAAUAUUUUUCUCAUAAUUAGUAGCGCAUUUAUAUCUUCUUUUUUUUUCAGAAAACAAAAUAUUCUAAAAAACACAUUUGUCGUGAAUCCGAGUUAUCAACUUGUUGUUUGUGGACAUUCACUUGGAGCUGGAGUUGGAUCGUUGUUAACAAUGUUGCUCAAGUAAGAAAUAUAUCAUUUUUCCACCUUCAAAUCGCAUUUUCAGACAAGAAUAUCCAACAAUUCGAUGCUAUGCAUUCGCUCCACCUGGAUGUGUGAUUAGUGAAUUUGGUCAAGACGAAAUGGAAAAAUAUGUGAUGAGUGUUGUGGCUGGAGAUGAUAUUGUUUCGCGAAUGUCAUUUCAAACACUUCAUAAAUUGAGACAAUCGAUUUUUACGGAAUUGGUUGCUUGUAAACGAGCCAAAUAUAAGAUUUUGAUUCGAGGAGUUUAUCAGCUGUUUUUUGAAUAUCCUUGGCAAGAUGAGGGAUUGUCAGGUAAUUUUUUAUUUGAAUUCAGAGCGAGAUAACUGAUUUAGGUAUAUUUUUGUGAGCUAAAUCUCCUAAAAUUCGAAUUUUAAAUUUGGUCGUUCAUUUUGGACUUAAUUCAUAGGCCAAAUUUGAAUUUUUCCUAUCCUUAUUUCGGCUAACUUGAAGAAUUUGCUCACAAAUAUACCCAUUUUUCCCCUAUUUUCAGGUGUGAGCCCGGCUGAUAUGGAAGCUGCAUUAUUGCAGCAAAAUCGUGUUUAUGGAGGAACGGAGAGUAGCGAACAACAACAACAAUCGAUUCCUGAAGUUCCGCAACGAAUACAGGUACUUUUUUGAGAUUUUCCCAAAAAAUGCCUGAUUUCUGCAGCUCUAUGUUCCUGGUCGAAUAGUUUACCUCUCUGAAUCGCCGGAAAAUGGAACACAAGAACAAUGGAUCGAUCCAAAAUGCCUGUCAGCCAUCAAAUUAUCAGUUUCUGUUUUAUCUGAUCAUAUGCCAGCUGCAGUUCAACGUUUCAUGAAAAAUCGCAUCCAGUCUUCUUCUCGCGGCGAAAUUGAAAUUGUUACUUCUCAACCAGUCUAA